AUGUUUAAUCUAAAAAAAAAAAAGGAGUUCCAGGAUGAUUUGGCGCAACCGAUCGUGACCUUCUAUGAGUCGGUCCGCGACUACUCCGACCAUACAGUCAUGAGCAAGUCUCCCGACACGCGCAUCCGCCUCUACAUGAAGGCCCGUCCCAUGACACCACCACGCCUUGCCAAGGCUAUCGAUGACGGGCUGGUCGGCCCAAAAGACGACCCGGAGGCCCGCUCGAAAAUCUUGCACGAGGAGUUCGGCUGGGACAAGGACCUCGCCAAGAAGAUCUGGUGCUUCGGGCCCAACACCACCGGCCCGAACAUUUUGGUCAACACGUGCAAGGGAGGAGUCGUCGACGAAAUCAAAGACUUUGUCGUGGCCGGUUUUCAGAGAGUCUCGAAUGAGGGCCCCCUCGCCGGAGAGAAAAUGAGGGGCGUUUGCUUCGAGCUUUGUGACGCAGUUAUCGAGCCCGACCCAACCCUCAGAGACGAGCGACAGAUCAUCGAGACUGCCGAACGUGUGGUGUACGCAGCAUAUCUCUCGGCAACUCCUUGUAUAUUGGAGCCCAUCUACUUGGUCGAGAUUCAGGCGAUGGAGCGCGACUUAAAUUUGAUCUAUCAAACUGCUUUCAAUAAGAGGGGACACGUGUUCAAAAAGAAGGAGAUGCCUGGCAACUCACUGGUCUACAAUUGCAAAGCCUACCUGCCGGUGAUGGAGUCUGUUGGGUUCUUCACCGACUUGCAGGCUAGGACUUCCGACGUUAAUUUCCCACGAGUGGUAUUUAACCGCUGGGAAAUAAGGCAUUUCGACCCGCAGAAGGACGAUAACGAGGUGGGUAGGCUGGUGCUGGAAACUCGGAGGAGGAAGAAUUUGGGGGACAUGAAGAAGCUGUCCGAUUACGAGAAUUAG